AUGGAUCUUCGAAGCCAAAUAUUGCUUUACUUAGACCAAAGGCGCAUAACAAGUGACAUGAAAAUUGCUUGCGAACAAUUUUUGAAUGAAGUAAAUGUGAAAACUAUUUAUAAAUAUCCUCCAUUUAGAUAUGUACUUGAAAUUGAUGUUAUGGAUUUGCUUGAGACAUCUCCUGUAAUCGGAGAAACAUUACUACAAGAACCUCUGAGGUUGCAAAACAUUUGCAAUGAAAUUUUAUUUGCAUGCUUAGUUUCUUUGAAUAGUAACGAGUGGACUCAACAUAUUAGGCCAAAUCAAGUGGCUGUUAACAUAAGAUUAAAUUGUCUAUCAAAACUUUUAGUUAUUCCUAAUCGCCAUCACUACAAAGGUCUAGUAAGUUUUGAAGGGUUGUUAGUAUCAAAAUCUAAACCAGAGAGUUAUGCUUAUCAUACAGUUUGGUCAUGCCCUGAAGAAUGCGAGGAUAGUGAAGUAGUGCUACAAUACAUCCCAAAAAUGCCACCUAAAUGUUAUGUCUGCAAAACUGUUCUUUUUGAAAACAGCGGCUUGAGGAGAUGUGGUGAACAGGUUAAAGUUACUAUGAAAAUAAAAAACUCCUUACUAUCAAAGAAUUUCAGAAUUUCCGAUGAUUUGAUACCUAUAUUGAAGAUCGGUAGUGUUUAUAUUUUCUAUGGCAUUAUAUUUAAGAAGAUAACAUCAAUUUGGUCUUUAGAAGAAGUGGUGCCAUUGCCUGCCCCUAUCACGACGCCUAUUCCAGAAGAUGUCGAAGAACUUUUUAAAGCAUGUAAAGAAGUUUCUUGGAAAUUUAUAUACUGUCUAGCUUCGAGCAUAGGCAUUAAUGUGUGCCCGUUGAGUUGUUUCAUGCAUUUGAAGAUAAGUUUAUUGUUGAGUUUAACCAGCGUAAAAGCCAACAUGUGGACGAACUCCCGCAUUAUUCACGUGUUUGCCGCCGGCUAUGAUACUGGGUUUGUCGGUAAACUGAUGAAUGAAGCGGCCAAGCUCGCACCAAGAUUUGUUUACAUGGGGACUUCCAGCACGACAACUAUUGAUACAUUAAUAGGUUCCUCUGGUGGAAUUUGCUUCUUAUCCUUACCGUUACAUAUCUACAAUCAAAAACAAAUACAUGCAAUUCUUUCUGCUUUAGAGACGGGAGAUAUUUUGAAUGAUGCUUACCCAGCCCAAAUUCAAUGUGCCGUUUGGGCGCAGGGAAUGGAUUAUAAGAAAAUACUUCUAUAUAAUGUAGCAAAUAUAUUUGGAUUCGUUUGUAGAGGGGAUUUUGGAGAAUACAAUGACGAAAUUAUUGGUUUUAUGCUUGAACAAACAAAUACCCCACUACAAAACACAAAAGAAGAAGUCAAAGCUUUAGAUGAUGUAGCAAAUUACUUAGAUAUCGUGGCCGCUAUUCAAGUAUCGUUAGAUCAGAAGACAGAGAUUCUAUUGAGGAAUUAUUUCCUAACAGCUCGUAGAGAAGGGACUAGAGGUGUGUCAGUGGGAAGUAUGGGUGCUUUGGUAGCAAUUUGUUUGACUGCAGCAAGACUCUGUCGACGAACUGUAGCAAAUGUUGAUGAUGCAGUCUUGGCUAUCUGGUUACAUGUGAGUGGCAGCCCUGAACCAAGAUUUGCGCCCGACGAUUAUCUUAUCGCGCCGGCUGAUAUUCAUAAUUUAAAAGAAGUAUUCAAAAAAUUCAAAAUCUGGCUUACCGAGUUUACUGGGAUUAGUGUGCCAUAA